AUGGAGGUAGCUUCAGCAAUAGGGGGUCCUCGGGGGGAGGUGCUAGUGGUGGUGCAUCUGGUGAGUGUUUCAAAUGCAAUCAAUUUGGGCAUUGGGCGAGAGAUUGUCCUGGUAGUAAUGUUCCUCCAGCUUAUGGAAGUGGCAAUGCCACACCUGGAAGAUAUGGUGGUGUUCCAAAACGAGUUAAUGGUUUCUGAGCCAUGUUCUAGGGAAAUUAUAUUUUGCUUCAAGGUGACUCUUUAUCGGGGCCUUGGGAUGUGUGUCAUUUCUAUACAGGACGGCUUUGGAAAUCAUCACUG